AUGUUUAUUCUUGUCAGUUGCAAAUAUCCCUCAUGCUGUAAAUUGAUUCUUGCCAGGACAGGGGAACUGACGUCGAGGCAGACAACCGUCUCGGAUCUCAUUCAGAUCUCUCCUGAAGACUUCUCCAAGUACAGCGCUGUCGCCAUAGAGGACAACAUCAACGAGAAGUAUGCAAAUAAAGUCAUUCAAAAGAUUGGUCUCUGCAUUGGGUUCUAUGAUCUGUUAGAAUCAUCAGACGGAUUAAUCGGUCAUGGUACCGGCUUAGUUAAUGUCAACGUGAAGUUUCGACUCAUUGUCUUCCGACCUUUCAAGGGUGAGAUCAUGCUUGGAAAGAUUUCCAGCGCCACCCAGCAAGGGAUUAAGAUCGGGGUUGAAUUCUUCAAUGAUAUCCUUGUCCCGCCAGAUCUUCUGCUAGAUGGUGCUCGUUUUGAUAUUGCCGACCAAGUUUGGGUCUGGGAAAACGAAGACGGCUCGACAUUCUAUUUUGACAUUGGCGAGGUUGUCCGAUUUAGAGUUGAGAUGGAGGAAUGGCAUGAUCAGAUCCCUAAUGCCCCAGAUCUCGGUGACGGCGCGGCAAUUGAACGGAAGCCCCCUUACUCCAUCAUUGGAUCUAUGCAAAUGGCUGGUUUGGGACCUGUAUCCUGGUGGUGA